CAAACAUGGGGUUGCACCCGCUCCGAGGAUUUCUCCUCUUGCUGGUUAUGAUUGUCCUACUAGUGCGUACUGAAGGGGAGCAGUCUCAGGGGUCGGGCACCUUUUGUCUGACCAUCGCAGGGAUAAAAACGUGCCAAAAUAGCUCUGAUAUCCGACUUUCACGGCUUCAAGGAAAGCAGGUUGGUGACGUUCAGGGAGUUGUGGCGCAGGAAGGACGUGUCCUGAAACUGAAAACUGUUAGUCAGAAGCCACUGGUCAUAGAAAUACCAGAGUUUUUGACGGCAGAGGAAUGUGAUCAUUUUAUUGAGACCGCCCACCAGGAGGGUCUGAAGGACAGUGUGACCACAGAUAGCUCUGGUCAUAACAAGGAUGGCUUCAAACUGAUGGACAAGGACAGAGACAAAAAACUUAGCGUGAAUGAGAUGAGGCUUACUAUUGAAAGUGGCAUGGAUAUUUACCCUGAUCGAGAGGAUAUACUGAAAAUGUAUGCAGAUACAGGGUUGGAUAAAGAUGGAGAUGAACAAAUAUCUGCAGAAGAACUAAAGGACUUCAGUCCUGCAGACUUGAUGCAAUACUUCAACGAGUUUUUACAACAACAACCAGAAAAACAUUCCCGUUUCAGCAAACAAGUAUGGCUAUUCCCCGACAACUCCAAGGAUAGAGUGUUUGAUCAGGUUCAGGACAGGGUGUCCAGGGCUGUUGACCUUCCCAUUGAGCUGAUAAAGAUGAGUGACUUCCAGGUUGUGACCUAUGGAGUCAAAGGUCACUACAAUGCCCACUAUGACUCCUCCGAGGUGAACGACAAAAUUCCAUGUUGUACACGUCGCAGAACUCGGCAAUGCAGAAUCUGCAGGUACAUGACAGUGCUGUUCUAUCUAAGUGAUGUUGAGGGGGGAGGAGAAACGGCCUUCCCUUUGGCUGGUAAUGACAUAGUUGACAUGGUGAGGGUGCAGGAUGAGCAGUUGAUGAACCUUUACAAGAAGUGCAGUGACGCGAACCUCCAUGUGACCCCAGCCAAGGGCAAGGCCAUUAUCUGGUACAACCACCAAGUUGACCCCGACACUGGCUGGCUAGGUGCUAUGGACAAGUAUACAUACCAUGGGGGAUGUCCCGUCACCACGGGAACCAAGUGGAUAGCUAAUUUCUGGAUCAAGACAACUGACAACAAACUUGAAGACUUACAUAGGAUGAUUCAAUUUGCAAAACUAAACAACGGUUUGAAACAAAAAGAUGAACUUUAACCUGCCUUACAGAAUUGAUUAUAUAAUUGUAUACCAAUAUGGAUUUAACUUAAGAUCAUCCGGUUUUAAAUAAUAUUUUCACGGGGGAAAAAAAUCAAUAUUUAUCUUUUGGACCAACAUUUCACACAUCUGACAAUCCUUGUGAUGUUUUUAUGUAUCCAUUUUGUUUCUAUGAUUAUUAUUAGUUGCAUGUCGACAGUCAAGCCACAUGAUACCAGCCACCACUUACUAGGUUGUCUCAGCAUUUAUUUCAAAGCUGUUAGAUUUGAAUCUCCUUAUAAAUCAAACACAUUUUUUUUCCUUUUUUCGUCACAUUUAUAUUUUUCAGUUGUUCAUAUUUGUGAGGCUAUAUUUUUUGUUUCCUAUAAACUGAAACAGUGUUUACAAUCAAUUCUAAAAUCAAUAGAAAAAGUUUUUUUUUGUGAACUAUUUUUUGUAUUAUCACACCAUCACCUUCACAAAAAUUAUUAGCCAUUCAUUUGUUUCAUGUUUAUUAUACAAUUUACCGGUUGAUUGAUGAGAUUUAUUUUCGCAGUACAUGUAUAUACUGGUUGACUAAACAACCAUUGGUUUGGACAACCAAAUAAUAAAGACAUUGUUACUGGUGAUGGUUUACUAUGGAUACAUGUACUUAUAAGUAGGGAGGGAUCUAUAAAUAUUUAGAUAUUUAAAAUAUUUUUGUGUUUGUAAAGAAAAUGCAUUUUUAUUCAGUUUUGUUUGUUGGCUUCAAAACAUUCCAUUUUUGAUGACUUGCACAGUACUGCAGUUUGAUUGAAGUCCCUUCAUUUGUUUGAGGUAAUGAUUUUGGGUAAAUAUUGGCAUAAAUAAUUUUAGGUACAUAAUGGUACAGCAUUAUUAAGCUUAUAAGAAUUAUUUUUGGGGAUUACAUUAAAAUUCAUUUCAUGUAACUAUCUUUAACAUGGAGAGCAUUUUUUUCACUACAUGUCAAGAAUCAUAAAAUAUAAUCAGAAACACUGUUGCAGAAUUUUUACAAAAGUCAAAUUAUGCAAAGAGAUGUUGAAAUUACUUGUACAUGUUAUUGGUCAAAGAUAGUGUCUGACAUAUGGCAUUACUGGUCUGGGUCGGUCGCCAGUGACCAAGUUGCUCAGCUGUAAGUGUUACAACAUCUGUCUAGAGAUUAGGUGUACUGGGUUUGAAUCCUGUCAGUAGUACACAAUCAUUUUUCCUUUUCUGAUAAAUCUGGUGCCCAACUAAAUAUACCUCCACAAAAGUGGUAUAAGGUCUCGUGUGUCAUCAAGGGUCAAAGACUUUGGUGAAAGAUGGAGAAAAGUGACAAAACUGGGACUUGGUAGAUUGCUGGUGGCCUGCAGGUAGCUUAGUUGGUGAGAGUGUCUGUCUGGAGGUCUAGGGUUCAAACCCCUUAACUGGCUGUUAUAUAUUUCCUUUCCUGUUACAUAAAUAUACAUGUGUACAGUCUGAGGUUUUGUGAUUCUGAUGUUCUUAAAUUUAUUUGUAAAUGAACUAGAACCUUGGAGUGAAUGACUUUGAGAUAAUUGCUCCUACAUUACAGCAUCAAUCAGGAUAUUUUGCAAUAACUUCAUUUUUGACUCUUUUAACAAAGAGCAGAGAUGAUUAAAAUUGUUUUUUGUUCAUUUUUGUACUGUUAAAUUUUGGUUUCAUUGUUGCAACAUGCAGAUUACAACAUGUUGCAUUUUGUAAGUUCAACUGUUUGCAGUAAACCUUUUACAGUACGUUUAAUUUGAUGUCAUGACUUCAAUAGCUUAAUCAAUUAAAUGUCAGCCAUCUAUUCUCAUUAUGGAGGAAGUGAUUUAGAGAAAUUGUCUAUCAGAAACCAUGAGUAUUGUUUGUUAAAAUGUUGUACAACUGUUGUACAGGUGGAACUUAAAAUCACUUUGUUUUUAAGAGAAAUUUUUGCAUUAAUUCGUUCAUGAAUUUAAAUCUUCAGUUCAUAUUGAUUUGAAAGAUAAGAUGUCUUACAGUUGUUGAUUUUACAUAGGUUUUCAUAACAUCAUUAUGAAAUAAGUCUGUCAUUCUUGGCUCAUCUUGUCCAAAGCACCAAGGUUAGAUUGUGCCAUACUGAGGUGUCCGUUAACAAUUAAUAUUAAUGACAACUCGGGAGGAACUGCUUGGGGGUUUUAACCUAAUUAAGCAGGAAUAAAUCUUCGCUAAAAUCCUGAAGAGGCCAGAACGAUGGGCCAACAUAGGGGGUAGGAAUUUAAUUUCUCUCAUAUCCCUGUGUGUAAGAUAGAGCUUUCUCACAUACUUCACAGGGUGAUCCCGUUGUUGCUAGGGAAAAGAUAACUCUAUCUUACACGGGGUAGGGAAAGACAGCUGACACGCGCUAUGACGUCAUAGUAAUGGAUUGUCGACGUGACGUCAUUUUAUUGUUAGCGUGAUGUCAUACAAUUGUUGUGAAUGGGGAAUCAUCCGUCUCAACCCUAGGGCUUUGGGGUUUGCCGCAAGAAUAAGAUCGAUGUUUAUUUGUAUUAUGUUUGUGAGAAAAAUAAUCAAACAUGGGUCUGUUCCAUAGACAGGGAUAUCUCAACCCUCGUGUAAGAGUUUGGCUGGCCAGUACUCUGCAAGCUUCGUGCUGACCAGCCAAACUCUUACACUCGGAUUGAGAUAUCCCUGUCCACGGAACAGAUCCAUGUAAGAUUCUAUUAGUCC